AUGAGCGAUACAAAGCUACCUGCCCUGGAGAGUUUCCUCCAAAACUUCCCCACCAUCAAAUACAUCUCGCCCGUCUCUCCUGAGUACCCGACAGCCCGCAAAGUAUUCAAAAGCGACCGUCCAGAUAACCCGCUGGCCAUCGUCCAGCCACAAUCACCUUCUGACCUCUGCGCACUCAUCAAAUAUGCCAAGUCUCAGUCCUUACAGUUCACCAUACGUUGCGGAGGUCAUAAUCUGGAAGGUCGUGUACUUGUUGAGGGCGCUCUCUUGAUCGACAUCCGCGCGCUUAAUGCUGUCACCAUCGCACCGGAUCGUCAGACCGCAACGGUUCAAGGUGGAAUUUUACAGGAAGAGCUUGGUAACAAACUCUGGGCGGAAGGGCUCGCGACACCCAUCGGCUCUAUCCCAUCGGUGGGGUAUGUUGGCUGGGCCACCUAUGGUGGCUAUGGGCCCUUCUCCGGUCACUGGGGGCUUGGAGUCGAUCAGAUUCUGGGGGCCACCAUAAUCAAUCAUGAUGGUGAGAUCCUCAAGGCCGAAGAGUCUAUCUUAAGGGGUAUCCGUGGUGCCGGUGGUCUCUUCGGGGUGAUUUUAGAUCUUACCAUCAAGGUCUAUCCUAUGACAAGCCUGCUGGCCGGUCCCAUCAUUUUUGACUCAACCGAUAUUAUUAAAUCUGUAGUGAAUUUCAACAAAGCCUAUAGCGAGCUUCAAAGGUCGGAAGAGCUGCCCCCACAACUCACGAUUCAACAAAUUGCCUUCAAUUCUCCUCAUGGUCGCACCCAUGGGGUGAUUUUUGUAUGGAGUGGCUCCGACAUUGAAGAGGGUCAGCGAUGGAGUGAUAAGAUUGCCAGUAUACACCCUGUUGUUGCAAACGCCGUGGCGGUUACUACUAUCCCCAAAUGGUUUGCUGGCACCGCCGCCCUCGUGCCGCCGACUGGAUCGGGGGCUGCGUACUCUGUAAACGCCUUCGAGAUAUCUCCUGCCAUUGCUGAAUCCAUUGGCCGCAGUCUUGACCAAAUGCCUUCUGACCCCGGCACCAUGCUUUCCAUUCACCAAUUACGUGGACAGUCGACUACGGCAGGCUCUGGGGGUCUACCCUCUGUGUUCGAAACACGGACGCCACAUUACAUGCUGGAGUUGAUAGGGUUCUCCACGGUUGAUGCGACUGCAGACACAUCACGUGCUUGGGCUAGACGAACAGAACAAGAAGUAAAGCAGGCAGAUCCACGAUCUGUUCUUUCCACAGUCUAUGUGUCUUUGUUCAAUACUACUGGGCUCUCAUCCGCCGAGGUGCUGGAAAAGACUUACGGUUCAACCACUCAAACUCUGAAAGACUUGAAAGCCACGUUCGACCCGGAGAAUGUGUUUAGUCUGGCAGUCCCGUCUCUUCAUUAG